GCGCAAACAAUGUCCAGCAGCUACUUUCCUGCUCUCGACCAGUACCUUGCGGGUGAGACACCUCUCAUAUCGUGGCGGACCGCGUAUCGCGCCCUGUGUGACGAAGCUGCGGCCCUCGACAAUAGUUCGCUCCAUGCCUUCUUCACCGACGACCAUACUGUUGCCCUCCUAGCCAACGCGCUAAGCCCUUACGCACCGCCAAGUGCGCGGACUGCCGGCGAGUUUGACACCAAAACUGCCCCCAUACACGCCGCCCAGCCCAAGAAUGGCGCCUACAAGUUGGACGAGAUCAAGGAAGACGCCAAGUGGCUGUCGCGAGAGCUGCACGUGGAAGAAUUGGCUGCUUUGCGCAUUGCAAUGAUUGAGUGUCAGGAGAGACCGGCAGAUCAGCUGAUGAACGCGGCUUGCAAUGGUACGAGUGUGCUCGAGGAAGUCAUAGCAAUGCCAGCUUCUACUGCUAGCAAUGGACCUGCACGACCAGCUCUUACAUUCGCAGACCAGCAAGUACGGAGACAUAGGCUGUUGCUUGUGUACCUGAGCGAGAGCAAUCAUAUGCUGCGCCUGAGCGCAGAUUUGAUGAGUCGAUGUGCUGUGAGCAAAAGCAUCGUUCGAGAGCAGCCGGCCGCGGCUUCGUGGAUUGAUCAGAUCGCAGCAAAGGUCACGGAUACCAUGUGCCCAAAGAACGGCAGGAAUGAGGCUGAAGCCUUCAUCGCCAAAUGUAUCUCGAAGUUGGACUCCGUGCUGGAACGCGGGGAUGCCUCCACCUCGUGGCCCAAGGUCUUCGCGGACGAUACCAAGGCACCCGGCUAUGUCGACUCGCUUCGCUAUGAACUGACGCACACCCUUCGGCUCUUGCUCGCUGCUCUGUACCAGUAUGAUGGUAUUCCUAGCGCUUCGGCGCUCCUCAGCUGGUUCGCGUUAAUGGAAAAACACUUCUUCUUGCAAGGAAAUAAGCACCUUCUGCCGCUGGAUCUCGAUGUGCCCCGACUUCUGCUAUCGAUCGUGUCCGUGGAGAUGAUGAAGUUACAGCUUGCAAUUGGUGAGAUCAUGCAGGCCGCAGACGUGGACACUCCUACCUUGACAGGAAGCCACUACCUCAACGACGAGGAGAGUCUCAGAUCAUUGAAUCUCAUCUUACACAGAGUUAGUCUUCGUGGAAACAACAUUGCUGCUCCGGCUAUCCUGGCCUGGAGCAUCAUCACUUCGGUCAUAAGGGACAUUGCAUUAUCACACCGAGAUCAGCGCGAAUUCCGCAACGAGCAUGGCCCCGACGACACAGUGGAGGGACUGGCUCGUCGUGCUUCGAGACGUGGAUCGCGCAACGAGCCACUUUCCAGGUUUGAGAAACUCUACUUUAAGCUGCAAAGCUCGGAACUGGACGGCGAUGUCAGGGACGACCUGCCACGAAAUUUCCUGUUGAGAUCUGUGGAUCAUUUACGGGUCUUCCGUCUGAUUGCCACUCUGGCUACAGUCAUCACUACGACGUACAGCUCAGAUGCCGAAGCCAGUACAGCAUUAUUUUGUAAAGAGGCCUUGUUUGAUUUGACCCGAGAGUCGUUGUCGUUUGUGCAGUAUGAUGAAGAAGUCUUUGAGGCGGUGCUGUCGCUGUUGACGCCAGCAGAGCACUGCCCCGUCUCCAAGCAGCAGACGACUGUGCUUGCAAAGAAACUGUUGGCAGAUUAUGCCCUACUCAGACCGGCUUUCCUGGACCAAGCGUUAGCAAGAUUCCCCUACGAGCUUUCACCAUUGGUGAGACUGGGCACGUUGUUGGCCAACGCGCAAGGAGAUGCGCAGGAGCCCGAAGGAAUCGCAGGCAUUUUGCAUCGACUGCGGACAUUCACGCUGCAAGUGCCCGCAGAGUUCAGAUCGUAUGAGCUCAUCGACGAAGUGGACGACAACAAUGCUAUGCGACUGCUUGAAGCACUGCCCAUUAUCACUCGGCGCGACGCUGCUGCGGGCGUUCAGCAAUUGCUUCUUAUGCAAGACAGUACAGACGCCGAAACGCCUGAGCAAUACGUACCUGCGGAGACUACAGGCAACAUUAUUAGGGAGAAGCGACCCAUGGUGUUCAUGCUGAAUCACGAUAGCUCUGGGCUUGAAUACCUCAGUGCGCUGCUUUUCACGUUCACUAAAGGUAGCCAGGUGUCAUGCGCUGCAGAGCAAGCGACAUUGGACCUGUAUGCUGCUGCGGAGAUCAUCGCUCUCUUCACAUCGUUGCUGGCCGCGUGCCUGGACCAAUCAGAUGGCGCUACAACAGCUCGCGAGCUGAUGGCGAAAUUUGAUGCCGGCUUGGGCAACAGCCACGACAUUAUAUCCAUCAUUGCCGACCUAUUUGAGAGUGAGCUCCUGGCCCAUAUUGAACAGGUUGCGGAAGACGGCUCUCUACCAGUCGUCGCUGCUGCUGCAGAAUUCCUCAACAUCAUAAUCAGAAUCUCGCCGGAACGGGUUUGGUCAAUAGUCGCUAAAAGCAGUUUGCUUGGACUUGCAACCGGUGCGAUCUCGUUAGUGGCGGUCGUGAAUGGCUCGGAAGUGCAGCUGGGCCAGUAUCGCUUCCUGCAAGCAUGUGUCGAGAUGCAGUCGCUUCUGCUUCAAGAUGCACUCGCCGGUCUGGCCAAACGCAAUGCUAGAACGAGUGAGGUAGUCAAAACUACCCGCUUCAGUCUGAAAACCAAGCAGGACUCGCUAGAUGCAACGCCAGCUCGGACCAUGAGCGUUGUGCUCAACGCUUACCAGAAAGUUCUACUCGAUGCCUAUCAAAGCUUCUCGGACUGGAAAUGGGAAGACCUCUCACAGCGGUGCCGCCUCACAGUGACUCUGCUGAAAAGUUUCUCCGACAUGCUACGAAGCACGUACGGCCUCAAUGUGGCGAAAGCUGUUUCUCGACGACUCACCUUCGUCAUUGCACCUGCUGCCAACUCUAUUGUCGAUACAUGUGCCUCCAAAACGGGAAGCAAUCCAAUGGCCAGUACACUCCGUAGGAUUUUGCAGGAAACUUUGCCAAUUGCAGACGACGCCACUCCGGUUCAAAUACGACAAUUGCUCAUUGAGCAGGCGCGCGCUGUCUUCGGCUUUCUCGUCAUACUUCUUCGGGUUGUGAAGCACCGUUCCUACAGGCUUGCAAGUAGCAUUCUGCAGAAUAUGCCUGCCCUCGCGUCUUUGCUUGCGACCGAACAUGCCAUCAAAGCUGACCUCUUUACCUUGUUUGAAGAGCUGGUGAGUGCCGUCGGUGCUGGCGAUGAAGAUCCACCAUCCAUACUUGCGCAAUUCGAUACAGAUGCGGCACAAGCUUUCCUUCAGGUUGUGACACAACUAGAUCGGCCGCUCUGUGAAUUGCAGGUCGAACGCAAUGCGUGGGACUUCCUCGCCGUUGUCAUGGACAGCAGGCAACAAUGGUUUGCCAUUUAUCUUCUCACUGGCAGAUUACCGAAGAGUCGAGCUCACCGCUGCCAUGAAGAAGAGAUCAAGGGCAAGCCAAUCCUUGCUCAUGUGUUGAGUCAGCUUGCGUCCAUUGAAGACCUGCAACCGCAACGUGCGAUCGGUAUGUUGAGAUUCGUUGCGAUCGCUCAGCAGACCUGGGCAUGGGCCACGAACGAAGUGAGGUCACACACAGACUUUCUCACAAACACAAUGUCUUGGUUGGGCUCACUCCGCGGACCGCCAAGAAAUCCAACUCCCGAUGCAUCCAUCACUAGCGCGAGAGAGCAUGAGAUGGCUGCUCAUCUGUGCGAUAUUUUUGCCGUUAAUUUGCACGCGGGUCUCGAAAUUGGCGACAGGACAGUGUUGAAGCUGCUCGUGACCAAAUUGGACUUCUUAAGGGAUCGCGGAGCUAGAGUGGACGAAUGGAACAAGUCGCUGCACAGGAGCCUAGAGACUAAUCUCGCCAGAUCAUUCCCAGCCAUCGAUCUGUCUGAUUUUAUGCGCACUUCCGUCAAUCCGGCUCCUUACGGCAGAAGCUACGUCUACGAUACCGACAUCGCUACCAUCAUAUUCCAACACAAUAGAGCAUGGGAUGGGGCUACAGCAGAUCAAGGUUUCGCCGAUGAAUUCGGUCGAGCCAACGCUAACUUGAGCCUUCUACAUGCACAAGCUACGUUACUCAAGAGUUGGAAGACCUUGGCUACUACACUGUGCGACUGUGCGGAGCAAGAUCCUUCACUGCCCCUUGAGCUUGCCAAAGUCGUAGAGCAGUGCUUGGUCGCGAGUGUCGAGCCUCAGCUCGACCAGCCCGGUAUGGCAGAUGCCAUGCACAUGCGCCUCGAACUGGCCUUUGUGCUCACCUCCAAGUUAGUGGCUCUCAAAACAGAAGAUGAUGCUAUGAAGAGACUUCUGCCAGCUGCAUGGACACUGGUCGCAACGUUCCCAGCGGACUACGAUAUAGCCACACUCCCAGAAGAACUGCGUUACUAUCGGCAACUUCUUCAGGUCUUGUACCUGACUAUCCUACCUCACAGUUAUGUUGCCAAGACUCGAGCAGACGGAGAGAUGCAUUCACUUUCGCCCCAAACGGCAUCCAUCCUUGUUAAUAUUGUCGGCAAAGUGAUAGCACCAGGCUUCAAGGCACUCUGCAGUAACCUCCAUGGCAAUGUUGAGCUUGCGCUGCCAGCAGAUUUCGCUCUGCUGACAGCACUUCUCCAAGCAAUCUUAGCCGUGCCAGGCAUCAACUCGAUCCAGACGCUCCUGUCGGACGUAGUGGUUGGCUCCAACAUCAUCCGGGGAGCAUUGAGCCUAUACUCCUGGGCAGACAGACUCUCCAGUGAGGACACGCAAGAUCCUAUCUAUGGCGAAAUAGCGAUCAUGUUCCUCCUCUCACUGUCUACUGUACGACCAAUAGCUGAACAGAUGGCUCUAGAGGGGGUUCUCGCCCAGCUAUCAUCAGCCAAUUUAUCCUCCUACUUCAGAACGCACGGCGGCAAAGGGCCUUUUGACGAACCUCAACGCAUGUUUGUCAUCUGGACAGAAGGGUAUUUGCCGUUAUGUCUCAAUUUGCUGGACUCGGUUGGUCCAGCUAUUGCAGCAGAGAUUGCGGCUUUUUUGAACGGGUUUCCUAGUCAGCUUGACCGCGCAGCACAUUCACUGAUCAACGAAACACCUACGGCACGAAACCCUCGCGCUGGGACAAUCACACUUGGCACUGUCUCCGAAGCUCAUAGCUUGGCUAUGAUUUCCUUAGUUCUGAGCUCCGACACAGCGAGAGGCGCGGCGGACGGCAUCAAUGCGGCAGACAUUCCAGACUUUCAUUACGAUGGGCAGAGUGUCAAAAGCUUGGUAGAGUCGCUCAUGAGGAGCAAGCGAAGUUUGAUUGACCGCAUAAGGCCGGCAAAUCCGCUUGAGGAAAGAUGGAUGACCACACCAGGCGUGGCGAAUGCAGAUAAUAUACUGGUGCAAAAGAUCGAAAAGGAACUGUCGAGUAUGCUGACCUGCUUUAAGGGGGUGGAAGGAGUGCCAUAA